AUGGAUGUCGUGGCAGACCGAAACAAUAUUCGUAAACUUCUGUCCUUUGUCAACCCCACUCUGAGCAGAGUCAAUCUCGAUUCAUUCACUAUCCCAGUGGAUAUGGCCGCUCAGACUGCAAUCUUCUGCCGUGAUGAGACCGCCACCUUCGAAGUUAUUGGCUCAGGCGAAUUCCGGGGCUUUGGGCACGAAUUCGAAAAUUCAUAUACCAUCAGCCAGCUCAAAGAUGGUGCUGGGCACCACCGUAUCAUUUCGUACCAACUCGGUGGUUUGAAUAUUCUUAUUCGCCAUGAGACAGACGGAUAUGUUGGAGAUUCGAACCCUGGCUUGAAAAAUACAUCAAUAGGGGAUGAUCUUACAAAUGCUCUCAAGUCUUUAUCCCUUGCGCCAUACCGAGCCUCGUCUGCGCCUACCAUAACCGUGGAAUAUUCUCCAAAAGCGGAAGAUGUCGCCGAUGCGCUGAAGCUCUGGGAACAAGACCACCAGGUUGAUAUCAGGAAACUGGUUGCACUCAUCAAUCGCAUUCUACAGGUGACAAGAAAUUGGAGUGGGAGUUCAACCAUUCGAUACGAUCCUCUAAAAGAAAAACUAGUGAUCAUCAAGAUUAAGAGAAGGAAGAUGCUGCCGGAUGAUCUUUAUUCUCGAUGGGACAAAGACAUCCCCGUCAAUGUCACUCAAAAAACCUCUGCGCAUCCUGAGAGCUCUACUGUAGCACUUGACCAGAUGGAAGAGCAACUUCAACUGAUGAGCCAGAACCUGCUCAUGUUUUAA